GUGGGCCACCUAUUUAUUAAUUAAAUAAAAGGAGAGGAGAAACUCUGUACCUGCCUGACUUGGCUGCACUCUUUAUUCGGAUCGGGGCAGGAUAUCUUCUUCAAUCAUUUUACAUCUUUUCUUGUAUCUGUUUUUUCUUAUGUCAACAAGUCAUCCUGUCUUCUCAGUUACCAGGCUUUCAAAUCGCUCGCUUACUGGUUUUUCUCCUUUGCAGCUGUGGCUCUUGUGGAUACCCCUUGAAUUUAACAUCUUUUAGUCGAAUCACCUGACGUCAAGAAUCUAGAAAGAAGGUUUAUAUCUCCUUCCUUUCUGUUGAUCUUAGUCAAUUCACACAGGUUGAUGAGGUAAACUAUCUUCUUGUGUCCCGGAUCAUUAUCGUUCAAAAAGUAACUUCUUUAUCGUAAAUGUGGGGUUCAUGUAGGCUAUGGAUACGGCGAUUCACCUGCUCUAUGUAGUUUUGAAUCUCCCAACUCAUCUAGCUCAGCUUAUAAAAAAGAUACCCUAAAGAUAGGGGUUCUACAGCCUUCAAAAGAGUUCUAACAAAGUUAUCAUGGAAGAACCUUUGAGUUAUACUCGUACCUCUAUCAUGCUCCUACCCGAUGAUUGCCUGUCUAUUGUUUUUCAGUUUCUUGUCUGUAGCUUUGAUCAUGAAUCGUUUGGUUUGACUUGUCAUCGCUGGCUUAAUAUUCAAAACACACAUCGUCGGUCCUUACAAUUUCAUAGUUCAUUGGCCCUCCCCAACGUUUCUUCGUUAUCUCAAAGGGGGCUUGUUGUUAGUGCCUACCAUCUCCAUAGGCUGCUCACCCGUUUUCAGCAUUUACACUAUUUGUCCCUCUCUGGUUGCUCGGAGCUGCCUGAUUCAUGCUUAACCUUCUUGCAAUCCUAUCCUUCAAAGCUGCUUCAUCUUAAUCUGGACUGUUGUUUUGGAAUCACUGACAAUGGACUUUCACUGGUUGCCGCUGGUUGCUCCUCCCUAGAGGCUAUUAGUCUAUAUCGAUGCAAUAUUACUGAUGCUGGGUUAGAAACUUUAGCUAAUGGUUGCUCAGCCUUGAAGCACAUAAAUCUCUCAUACUGCUCACUUGUUUCUGACGGUGGGCUGAGAGCUCUCUCUCAAUCUUGCUGUCAUCUAGAGGCAGUUAAGAUAUCACAUUGCAGCGGAGUGAAUGGUACAGGGUUUAAAGGGUGUUCACCAACUUUAACUCAUAUAGAUGCUGAUUCUUGUAACCUUGAUCCAGAAGGCAUUAUGGGGAUUGUAAGUGGAGGUGGUCUUGAGUAUUUGAAUGUUUCUCGUGUAAACUGGUGGCGUAGUGGAGAUACAUUGGCAGUGAUAGGUGCAGGUUUUGCCACAAGGCUUAAGAUUCUCAAUCUUUGGCUGUGCAGGACUGUUGGUGAUGAGUCCAUUGCGGCAAUAGCGAGGGGGUGCCCAUUGCUUCAAGAAUGGAAUGUGGCAUUGUGUCAUGGGGUCAGGAUUGCAGGAUGGCAAUCUAUUGGGAUCAAUUGCAAUAAAUUGGAGAAACUUCAUGUCAAUCGUUGUCGAAAUCUGUGUGAUCUUGGGUUGCAAGCUUUGAGAGAGGGGUGCAAAAGGCUCUUGGUUUUGUACAUUGGACGCACUUGGAAAUUAUCUGCUACCGCAAUAGAGUUGUUUAAAUUAUGUAGAGGUAAUGUUGAGAUCAGUAAAGAAGAGAUAAUGCUUAUCGGGCCUAGUAAUUAGAUGAUGGCGGUGAAAAAAAUCAUAAUUCGAACCCUCUGACAGAGACCAAACACUCAGGAAAUAUCCCAUGAUGCAUGCCAGUUGUUAACCAGGAAGAAUUUUCCGAUUGGGUCCAAAAGUUUGCUUUAGUUAUGAUGGGCUUUUAGCAUCGUGUUGCUGCAAACAUCUUGUAGUAGUAUUUGGCUGUUAACGACAGAGAAUAUCAAUGUGCUCCUUCUGUGGUGACUUGCAGUUCUUUUAGAGAAUGAGUUCAAGAGAAAACAAGAACUGUCACACGCAUAUGUUGGUGUCCCUUGGCAGCGGGAGGAAGGAGAACAGCUCGUCUGGUAUUUGUAUUCGCUUUUUUUAUAACAUUUUAAGUUUUAUGUUCAUUGUCAAAAACUUAGUAAAAUCAUCCAAGGCAGCUUAUAUUUUCGACAGAAAA